UUUCAGCCACUUCUCAUCCAUCACCCUGCAACUCAAAUUCCCGUCCGGCCUCGAUCAUCGUCGGUCGUCAUCAUCACCGUGAAAUCAGUCAGGCGAACGGGACGGCGAGCAUGGAUGACGCGAACGCCGUCGACGUCGCCGGAGUUCCGACUUCCACUCAACCUCAUCGACCUCCCGAGCUCCGAUAUCCGACGGCGUGCUUAGAUUCCGGCUUUUUCUACGUGAUCAAUCAUGGAGUCAGCCAGCACUUGAUGGAGGAGGUGUUCGUCCAGAGCAGGCGGUUCUUCGGUCUGCCUUUGAGCGAGAAGAUGAAGCUGCUGAGGAACGAGAAGCACCGAGGCUACACUCCUCUGUUCGAUCAGGUCCUCGACCCUGCAAAUCAGAUAAACGGAGAUUAUAAGGAGGAAUACUACAUACAAGUGGAAGUACCAGAGGACGAUCCUCGUGUGUAGAAGGCUCAUUUUGGACCGAACCCCUGGCCUUCUGAGGGUAAACUGCUGUUUAAUGUAAUUUCUGUCCAACUUAAAUCAGUUGUUGAUCGUGGAUGUUUAUUUUGGUUUCAUUGUAGUAUUUUGACUAGAUAUAUUGCCAAGAUGGAGGCAGGUGAUGGAAAAAUUUCGUUGUCAAGCAUCGUGAGCGAUGAUAUAGAGCCAUAGGCAUUAAUUUUUCUUGCUAGUUCCCGGAUGUAAAUUUUAUUCCAUCCAAGUAAAAGAUAAUACAGAGAUCUUCUGUUUCUCUGA